AUGGAUUUUAGAAUACUUUGCUCCAUGUUGUCAAUGAUGUACUCUGGAAUUUUACAUGCAGUCUCAUCCGCUCCUAUGGAAGAGGAUACAGCGGCUUCCACCACAACCACCCCGGUGCCAGUGCGCCACAUCAGGAACAAGCGAUGCUCCUGCUCAACGUUCCUGGACAAGGAGUGCGUUUACUUCUGUCACCUGGACAUCAUAUGGGUCAACACGCCUGAGCGCGUGGUUUCCUACGGUCUGGGCAACGCUUCUAGAAAGAAGCGCGCCAUCAAGGAUCCCGCCAUCUCCAAGCAGGACCCUCGCUGCAAGUGCGUCCAUGAAGAUGACAGCACAUGUACAAACUUCUGUCAGCUUGAAAUUUACCUGAGGUACAACAUGUUGCCAGACACGGCGAUCCACCCCGCCGUGGGCGCUGACUGUGCUGAGAGGCAUCAGUGCAAACACAAGUUGGCAGCCAAGACGAGUAGGAUUAAAAGGGUGAAAUACAGAGACCAAAAAGCAGUGGGCCCCUCAGCUCUUCGGGCCACAGUCAAAGCUCGCUUGCUGCUGGAGAAAUGGAUGGUGGGACAACAACACAGGGCACGAGAAGAGAGAUGA